CAUAGGUAUAUAAGUACCACACUUCACAACAAUAGUUUUCAGUUCUGUUGAGCAAUAUAGUGUUAAAAAAUCAUAAAAAACAAUAACUUAUAACUACCUACCUGCAAUAAAGUUGGUACAGUAAUAAAUAAUAGCCAUUUGAAAAGAAAUCGAUUUAUUGUUGCUACAUAGUUCGUGUUAAGAUUUGUUAAAUUCUAAUGUAAAAGUUUUUAAAAAUACUAAAAUAAUCUAAAUAUUUCUUUAUAACUAUCUUCAUGUUUGUGAACACAAUCUUGUUGACCAUUUUGUUCUUCAACAUCCGAUCCUCUGGUGCCGUGGACGCCAUUCCGUCAGUCCCUGACAACGACUUACAGGCAACUGAGGCUGUGGUCAGAGUCAUCACCAACAGGCUCUUCAAACUACUCAACUUAGACCCCUCGGCCAGAGUAAAGUUCGACCAUUUCACUGCACUCCACGACGACCUGGCUCCGCUGACUGUGCGCGACCACAACGUUCUGAAUGAUAUAGUCGAACUAACGAGGGUCGAUAUCAGCAGCGAUAAUGCCACCAUUUUUACGACUGAAAUGUUUCAAGAUAAUAAAGAAUUAGAACCAGAAUUCAAAGCAGAUGAAGUAAACAAUGAAACUGAUGUAGCUCAGAAUUAUAUUGAUACCUUAAAGGAUGUAAGAAAUGAAGUGAUGCUGUUGAUGCAACAAGAUUCCACGAAGAACUUGAAAGGACCCUCGGAAAAUGAUACAGUCGACCAAGAUCUUUUAAUUAGUGAUAUAUUGUUGAGAGACUCAGAUGCUGAGGAUAAAAUAAAAGGAGAUGGCGAUUUUUGGCGGACAAGCAGCCGUCGCAUAUACAAAGGCACAACGAGUAACAUAAAGAAAUACCCUUUCAUGGCGAGCAUUAGCGUGUUUGACAAGUUCCAAUGUGCUGGCAGCAUCAUCAAGUCAGAUCUGAUCAUCACUGCUGCCUCCUGUUUGCAAUUAGCACACAACAACCGUUUCUAUCGUGAGAAUCCGAAAUUCGUCUCAGCCAGAAUCGGCAGCAGUUUCUACAUGGGGGGUGGUGAAGUGAUACCUGUCAUUAAAGUGUACUUCCCCCCUACCUACGAGCCGCAGAGCUUGCGGGACAACCUGGCCAUCAUGAGGCUGCAGUAUCAUAUACAGUUCAAGAAGAAACAUGCCAGAGUUAAGAAAAUUGAUUUUGAUAGAAAGGCACAUCCGUUGCCAACGAAUACUGACGGUAUAACUAUUGUUGGCUGGGGAGCUAAAACUCGUUCAAAUAUGAUGCAAGAUCCGUUAAAGAAUAAAAUAUCGUAUGCAGUUUUAGAUUUUUACGACUUGCGAGAAUGCCAACAAAUGUAUUCCAAAAAAUACGUAACCAAUAAACACUUCUGCGCAGGAUUCAUCACCUCAGGCUCCGGAGCAUGCAACCAUGAUGUUGGAGGCCCAGGAAUUGUUGAUGGAAUAUUAACUGGUAUAAUCAGCUUCGGUUCAUCACCAUGUGGAGACCAAAAUGCCCCCACAGUGUUCGUCAAGUUGGGAUACUACGCUACUUGGAUUGACGACAUUUUGUCAAUUAAAGUUGUGUCAUCUUAUGUUUCUACGACGGUGCCAACUACACCACGGAUAGUUGAGUCAUCCACGACUGAGAAAGAAGAAAUGAUGAUGCCUGUGGAAGCGGAGGCCAGCCGGGAACCGUUAUUUGAUCGUGUCAAACUUAAUGAGGAUAAACCUACUAUAAUUAUACCAUUGAAAAAGGAACCGUUAUAUCCUACUGAAAUUAUGAAAUUGUCUAAUAAACCAUUAUUAGAUCCUUACAGUGAGCAUAAUCCAAAGCUGAAACUUACUAAAAUUAUGAAAUUGCGAGAUACAUUUGUAGACAGAAUAAAUUAUGAUAAGCUGGAGGUAACCAAAGAAAAAAAAGCUAAAAAAAUUGUUCCACAACGAGAUGAACUGUUUAAACAGUAUCUUAAAAAAGUAUUUGGCAGUGAAGAAGACAUUUCUGGAUUCAUGGGUCCGGGUAUGAAACAGAGUCACUUGUAUAAGACAUUUUUGAAAGACAUUGACACUUUUUUGCCUAAUGUACAGGAACAUUUUACGGACAAAAAGAGUGAAGAAAGUGUAGAAGUGAAGAAUAGUUUAGAAAGCAUAUCCAAUACCAAUGUGACAGUAAAAGGUUCUCUUCAAAGCAUUGAAGAUAGUGGUAGUGCUAAUAGCAUCGAGAUAGAAAUUCCAACCACUAAAACAGAUUUUGAUGCUACUACGCUUGAAGCUAAAAGUGACAAAUCAGAACAAAAUAUUGGUGAAGAGCAAUCAGAGAAAGAAAACAAAAGCGAAAAAAAGAAAAUGCUUGUGGAUUAUGAAAGUGAAAAUAAUGAACCUGAAGACGAAGAUGUAAGUGAUAAUAAUGACCUAAAACAAGAAAGUAUAUCUAAAGAUAAUAAUAAUAACCAUGGCCUGAAAGUUUCUUCUAAAGAAUCAGAUAUGGGGGUUAACUUAGCUAAAGAAAAUCCAACCAUACGAGAUGAAUCAGAUAGCAGAGAAAGUUCUAUAAUUUCAUGGAAAGAAGAGAAAAUAAAAAAUCAUUCAGAACAAACUCAAAGUUCAGAAAAAUCUAUCAGAACAGAAACUAAAAUUAAUCCAUCUUCAAAUAUUAAAACUGAACCAGAUGAAGAAAAAACGAACCCCAUUGAAUUGAGAGAUAUGGAACGUAUUAUACUAGAACAACAGAAAGCAUUCAAGGCUCUUGGGGUCUUAGAAAGGCAUUUAAAUAGUGCAGACGAAACAUCCAGAGAAAUCAAAGCAGCAAAGAGUUUUGCCGAUAGGCAAAUAAAAUUAGCUGAAAAACAAGUUGCGGCUGAGAAAAAAUCUAAGUUACUUGACGAUGAGGACUGAAAAUAAUUGAACAGGUUAAUCAUUAUUUGCAGUGACUUUUAUGAAUAAAUAUUGAAAUAAACAUUAAAAAAACUA